AUGCAAACUCAACUUGCUGCUCAGCUUCAGAAAAUUCGCGUAGAGGGAGCCGAUAGGAUCGAUAUAUCGUCCAUUCUGUUUUCUCGCAGCGAUGCUUCGAAAAUCAGUCUGUCGUCGAUCUAUUCGAUGGCAAGAAACGGUAUCAUGGAAUUAACUCGUGUUGAUAGCCGUUUUCAGCGUUUUGAAGAAACUCUCUUUGGAAACAAGUUCCUUGGAGUAAACCGUUUCCAUGUUACUCCCAAAGAGAAUGAAGAAAUCAACGAGAUGAUUCGUGAUUACCUUUAUUCCGUAUCUCCCUAUAUGUUGCUAAAGUGUGUCCAAAAGACCCUGGAAUAUUUAAUCCGUCGACUCAGCAUCCAUACUUUCAAUGCGGAGGACUUUUUCAUUGCUGUUCUGCCAUACCACGAAAGCCCGCUUUUCCCGCGUGUGUACCGUAUUCUGGAUUUGAAGAGCCACCUCUUUGACUUUUUGUCUGGAGUCAAGAAGAGCGAAACUCCGGUCAUUCGUACAACCUUCUCGACCCAGUGCUUGAAGGACAUUGGAUUGCUUCAUUUCAUUCUCAACUCCUACCGUCGCAUGCAGGAGCAUCAUUCGAUCCCGGUGGUGCAUCUCACUCUUCUGUGUGCUAUGGUGGUUGAUAUGGGACGAAGCGGAACGAUGAAGGAAGAGUACAUUCGAGCACUUAUCUCGUUCGCAUCGAUGGGCCUUUCAAGCACGAACUCGGAGCUUCAAGCUGCGGGUCUUCUCAUUCUCGCUCAAGUAGCAAUCAACGUAACGAUGAGCAACGAUGUGAUAACGGCGUGUCUGAACAACGCGUUCCGUGUGAAAGAUAUCAACAUGAAUCAACUGGUGGAGUGUCUUUUGAUCAUCACUCGAAACAAUCGCGACUAUAUGAUUCCACGACAGACCGCAGAGGUCUUUUUGCAGAACGAGACGCUCCAGAUGUCUCUUCAGAGUCUGUCGAAGAAGGCGUCGAUCUUCCCGAUCACCAGAGCGCUCGUCGAAGCGCACGUCGCUCUGCUGCGAGAGAAUGAGAACUUCCUGCCUCAGCUGCGAGUGUUGUGCCAAUGCAUGCAGGAGAACGAAGUGAAUCCGUUCCUGCAGGCGUACUUGCAGGCGCUGAGUCGGUCGAUCUGCGCGAAGGAGAUGUCUGGCAAUGAGGUCAACAACGUGGAGAAAGCGCUGCUUGUUCUGAGCUCCGAGUUUUCGGAGCCGUUUGACGCGUUGAUCAGCGCGAUUCCGAUGGAAGACCCACUGAAGCAGGUUUCUUCGCGCCUGUUCUUUGGCAGUUCGCACAUGCUGCUGAGUAGUGGACGCACUUUAUAUCUGAGUAUCGAUACGCACGAGUAUGCUGUUCGAAAAGAGGUGUGUGGAUUGGUGAGAGAGCAGCUGGAGAAAGUGAGUGCGGAGACCUCGCCGAAGGAGCGAAGCUUCUUGAAGAACAGCGUGCUGUCUCUGCUGGAGGACGAUUUCAUGGAUAUCUCGCUGCAAGUGCUGGAGACGCCGUUGGAGCAGUUGCUGCACGUGUUUGAAGAAAAGGAGGUGGUUGUGAUGGUGCUCGAUGUGUUGCAGCACGAGAAGGUGAUCCAAUCCGUGCAAGACGAGGCAGUGGAACGCGUGAUCCAAGCUGCGUUUUCGCUGCUGAAGGCCGCUUCUCUGGAAGAAGUGUUUGAAGAGAAGCCUGUCCAAGUGGUUUGCUUGCUGUUCCAAUACUUGCUCAUGUGUAAGCAGGCCACGCAGCGAGAGAUUCUCGCUGUCAUGGCUGCUGUCCCGUCGCCUUUCUGCCAGGGUUUGCAGGCGUCUUUCUGCGAAGCUUCGCUCCAAGAGCAGGUUUCGCGCGUGGCUUCGUCCCUGCAGACGCAGCUCGAAGCGGAGGACAAAUGCUUCUUCGCGACCUGCCGGCAGUUGCUGCGAACCUCGCAGACCGUGGCCGUCUUCUGCGUCUACACGUUCCUUCAGCUCAUUCAGAGCAAGAAGGAGAGCUCCGGAUCGAAGUCGCUGGCUUCUCUUCUCUGCGAAUUCGCCACGUCUGUGAUCGAGGAGAUGCCUCAGACGUCGUCCGUCCAAUUGAAGGUGAAGGAAGCCGAUCUGAAGUCGCUACCUGCGUCUGUGAAUUCCUUUUCGGAGUAUGUUCUGCUUCUUCUGCACACGAUUCUGUGUUGCUCAACGCUGCUUCCGUGGGACACCACCGAUCUGAUUGCUCACUUCGACGCGUUUGCGAAGGAGCCCGCGCACCCCGUGGCGGUGCUUUGCUUCUGCUUCCGCUCGUUCAUUCCCCAGAAGUCGUUUAUCAUGGUCUUGGCCAACUUGAUUUGCGAGCAGGUUUGGAAAGAGCAGAGUUUCGUUGUCUACACUUCGCUGCUGGCGUGUAGCGACGAGUCCAACAUCCUCGUCCACUCGCUGAACAAGCUUCUGAACUACGUUGCAUUGCAGAAGACACUCUCGUCCUCGUUCUUCAGAACCGUCUUCCUCGCAUUGGUGUACCACCUCAACAAUCCCGCGCUGACCGUCCGAUCCACCGCGCUCAUGCUGCUGGACGCGAUUCGUUCCCGCAUUCCGCAAGACACGCGGGCAAGCGAAGUGCCCACCAGCGAGCAGUCGUCCAUUCCGUUUGUGUCUACAGGCGAGGAAUCGUCCGUUCCCAGCGAGGAGAAAUCGUGCUCCGUUCUGCUCCAGUUCGUGAACUACUUGAUUUCGAUCCGCUCGGAGAUUCGCGAUGACCCCAAGCUGUUCACAAUCAAGCUCAACCUCCUGUUCUCGUCUUCCAAGCCGCAGAUCGAUCCGUCCUUACUCGCUUCGGUUCUCUAUCCGCUGAUUCUGUCCAGCAAAUCGCUGCAUCAGCGCGUGUGCUACUUGCAACUCUUCGGAAAGAUGCCUUAUCACCCCGCUGCCGAGACGGAGGUGCUGCAAGUCAGCAACGACACGUUCGAUGCCUUUUUGGAGACAAAGGAAACGGUUUCUCCGCUCCUGGUUCAGCAGUGGCGAUUGCUGAUGCCCUUGUUCUUUGCAGCGAUGGCGCACACGUUCACACACCAGCAGGAAUUCCGCGACUCGCUCUACCGAUUCAUGAGCACGCCGCUCUCCUUAGCAGAAGCGGACGGAACGUUUGCUCCGCUCACGGAUGUGCUUCGGAACAUCGACAAAAAGAUCUUUGCGAGCAUGAACACGCCCGAGAAGCUCUCCCUCUUGCGGGCAUUGCUCUCGGUAGUGCCGAAUCAUCCUUCGGUCGAUGCGGUGGAUGUCUACAACUCCAUCAACGAGUUGGAUCUGAGUGUGGCUUUGCUGAGCGAGGAGGCGAAGGCGUUGGCCAACGCUUCCAUGGACGAUUUCAUGGUGGUGCAGCUCAUGACCGUGUUUAUCGAAGUGGUGACGCGAAACGAGAAGCUCUCGCGCGAUGUACAGAUCAUCGAUCCCUUGCUGAUCAUUCUCAACCGCCUCGUGCAGAUCGUGAAGCUUCACGCUCCCACAAAAGACUCGGUGUCUUCCGAAACGAAGCGAGCGGAAGCGGGCGCGAUGGAGGUGGAAUCUGUAUCGACCUCCGACAGCCAUUUAAUCAUGAGCGAUAUGCUCGCGGUGCUGUAUCCCAUCCAGAUCCUCUUGGAGUGUCUUUUCUCGGUGGUCAACGCGGCCACGAGCGAUAUUCGCGUGACUUCCACGCAGACGUUGAAGGCUGCGGAUCCCUCGCAGCCUCCCAGCAAGCGAGUUCGCCGCAACAGCAUCAGCAUUCGUCGCGAAGUGGCAAUUCCUCCGCAGCUGAUCGUGGAUCUGAUCAAUUUGAAUCUGACCACUCAAAUCAAGAAGACUUGUCUGCAGCUUCUGACAGUGCUGUCCAGCAUUCAUUCCGAGGAGAUGGAUCGUCACUUGUUCGCUUGCUUCGAUUCGUUGGCUGCGAAGGUGAUUCAGAACCAGGACGAAGAAGCAUUCAAUGUGAUUAUCAGCAUUCUCUCGUACUGUCUUCGCCAGUUCACCAACCAAAACCAGCUUCUUCGGAUCUACAAAACGUUCCUUUCCUGCGUCCCCUACAUUCCCUAUUCCCAAAUCAUUCACUUGCUCAACACGCUCAUCGCGCAUUCCUCCAUGCGCUACAUCGGACACAUCACUGCGUAUCUCCUUCUCCUCAACAACGGCUACGAUCUCAACGAUCUCAACGACGCGACCGCGGCUUCGCAAGACAUGGAAGUGGAGCGCGAAGCACCGAUUCGUAUCGAGAACUCUGCGGUCGCCAGUUCGAACAUCAGUCACUUCAUCGCCUCCAUGUUCUUGGGAAUCGGGCUUCUUCCUCAAAUCCAAGCGCUUAGCGUGCUUUGCUGCUUCUCCGAGAUCAUAACCGAGGGCGAGCAGGAAGAGCAGAAGGAAGGCCGAAUGCGUGAGCUGACGCAGGCGCUGCUGCAGUCGCUCCCGAUCGCGUCCUGGAAGAAAGACGCGUCGAACAGCACGCGGAUCGGACAAGUCGUCCUGAAUUUCAUGCGGAAUAUUGUUUCGAACUCCACGUUUAUAGGGAAGGUCGCGUCCGCAGAGAAGGACGUCGACAAAAUCCAGCAGUUCUUCAUCCAAAUCAUCGAAAACCUGCUCAUGAUUCUCCAGAACACGUCCGCGAGUCGCGAUGCGAUCGGCCAGGACGCGCGAGGCCGCGCGAAAACGGAGCAGGAGCUGGCCCUGCUGCGUGGCUAUCGCGAAUUGGAGAAUUGUGUGUACGACUGCGUGACGGUUUUCGCGGAGGUCAUGACGGUGCCAUCGCUUCUGACCGUGCUGUCGGUGCUGCUGAAGCACGAAGACAGCGGCAUUCGCAAGCGCGCGCUGGUGAUGCUGAACAAGAAGAUCAGCGACAACAUCGACACGCUGAGCGAGGAGGAGCAGACCGAUUUCCUCCACUUCAUCAAGAAUCUGCUCGAGAUUGUGGGCGAUGCGCAGGAGCAGAGCGCCAACAAGCAGACCGCGUUGCUGUCUCUGCACAUUCUGGUGCAGUACUUCGGCAGCGAGCAUCCGCAGGCCUUCCAGCCGGUGGUGGCUUCGAUCGUGUCCAUCGUGACGCGCACAGACGUCGUGUCUCCCGACUUCCAAGCGCUCAAGGGCUCCGCGUACAUCGCUCUCUCGAUGUGCUGCACGCAGCUGGGCGUCCGCAUGCUCCCCUUCCUCCCUCGCUUCCUCCCUUCCCUGCUCACCGAGCUCGAUGCUUCCGCCGCGCGAUGCGACUCGCUGCAGGAGGAGAUUCAGCUGCUCGAAGAAGAGCACGACGAGCGCGCGGUGGACGAGCGCCGCGGCCAGCUCGACGAGGUUUUCGUGCUGAUUCAGUCGCUAAUCGCCACGCUGAGCUCCGCAGUGAGCUAUCAAGGCUCGCUUCUGUCGAGCUAUCUCCAACGGAUUCUCUGCCUCGUUCUUCGCCCCAUGCUGGUGGCUUCCGACAAGCAAGUCGUUCGCGGCGCCGUGUCGGUGCUGCUCAACCUCCUCGCGGAGAAGAUCGAGCCUCGCCUGCUGCUCCCUGCGGUGUACAACAGCUUCAAAGCGCUGGGCUCGCGCGCUGCGAGCAGUUACUGCGGGCUCUUCUCGCUUCUGGAAUCGCUGUUCAAUCACAUGGACGAGCAUGCGAUCGAAGGGUUCUACGAGCGAGCGUGGUCGUUCUGCGUGUCGGGUCUGGAGCUGCGAACGCGGUGGGGCGAGGAGAACGACGGGAUCGACGAUGUGGAGCGGUCGGUGGUGAAGGCGAUGAUCGCUUUGACGUUGAAACUGAACGAGAACCAGCUGACUCCGCUGUUCGUGAAGACGGUGAAUUGGAUGCAGGAGAACGCGCUGCCGCCGACGGCGAAGGCGAUUUCGUUCUUCGCGUUGGUGUCGGAGCUGAGCAGCACGUUCAAGUCGAUCUUCACGAGCUAUUUCGGCCAGUUCUUCUCGACGAUGGUGGACCUGCUCACCGAUUUCGUCAAGAAAAACCGCAAAGAAAAGGAGGUCACGCACGACCAGCUCGCCUCCUUCCAGCUCGUCAAGCUCGUCGUGCUCUCGCUCUAUCGCUGCUUCCUCUACGACAGCGACGGCUGGAUGGACGAGGCCAAGUUCCGUCUGGUUUCCUCGCCGCUGGUGAGGCUUCUGGGCGCGUAUUUCGUGCCGAACUACGCGACGGAGUACCCCAAAUUCAUGAGCCAGUUCGUCGUUCCCACGCUGAUUCAGCUGGUGGUUUCGACGUCUGGACACGACGACUGGUGGCAGCAGUUCAAUCACGAGGUGCUGGUGCAGACGCGGUCGCCGAUGAAGGACGUGAAGCUGGCGGCGAUGCGCGUGAUUCGCGAGUGCUUCGAGAGAAUGUCGCAGGAGUAUCUGCCGCUGCUGCCGGAUGUGAUUCCGUUCCUGGCGGAUUUGCUGGAAGACGAGGACGCGGAGGUGGAGAAGGUGGCGCAGGAUCUCCGCGUGCAGCUGGAAUCGAUUUCGGGCGAGGAGCUGACGUCGUAUUUGACGAUGUAGUGCGGGAACAAGGGAUGGGUGGCGUUGGUUUGAUUGGUGUGUUU